UUCAAACCAUAAUCUUUCACUGUUAGUACUAGUGAUAAGAGAGUGGAUUCUAAAUUUGCUGGUCUUGUGACCAAAGCAGCAAGAGGAUUCAAAAAUGAAAAUCUGGCAACCCCAACAUUAUCUUGACUUUCUACUUAAAUCUCAGGGAGAUUUUUUUUUUUUAAAGCCCCAUUCCAUCUCACACUCAGUGUCUGUCAGCCUGCCUCCCCCCACCCUUUUUCACCUCAAUUCCGACAAGAACAUUUCUACACUCUGCAGAGAAAUUCUAAGGCUCCUGUUAAGAGCUGAAACCACUGACAUGCCAAAAAUCUCUUGUGCGGCAGAAUUGGACAAGGAAAUUGGGGAAUAAGCAGAAAAACCCUAAUCCUUAGAGUAACCAGAAGCAAGCACUUCCAAACAUUUUAGAUUUUUACCUCUUUAAAAACGGUGGUUCCCCCCGCCCCCGUCUCCUAACAAAAUGGAGUAGCUGCAGCUACUGGAAGGCCAGAGAAUGAUUGUGCAGCUGAGUCCUCUUGCUAACGAAUGCCAAGGAUUUCCUCCCUCGAGGUUUGCUGCUGCUAAAUGAAACAAUUAUCAACGCUAGAAGGCAGUUUACUAAUCAAGAGGGAUAAGACUGCUGUUUCUUUAAAGUGCCCGAAUAGGGAAGGGGGGAAGAAAGGGUCGUGAGCGGUGUCUUUUUAACCUUGCUGAAGGACGCAGCAGUAUUUAUUGACGUAUGCAAAUAACUAGGGAGGGUGGUGCUUGGGAAAAAACAGGAACCAGAAUCAGUUUCUCAUUGCAGGGUGAACGCUCUGAGUUCCGGUGAAGGGAAAAGAGACGUGGCGAAAUUGCUGUCUUUCUGUCUUAAAGCACAUCUCUCACUAAUACAGAAAAGGAACCAAGACAUCAGAAAGGCUGCGCAAACCAUGCAGGAUGAUUUACUGAUGGACAAAAGCAAAACCCAGCCCCAGCCCCAGCAGCAGCGGCAGCAGCAGCAGCAGCAGCAGCAGCCCCAGCCCGAGCCCAGCGCAGCCGAAGCCCCGUCCACGCCCCUCUCCUCAGAGACCCCCAAGCCGGAGGACAGCAGCGCAGUGCCGGCCCUUAGCCCCGCAGCGGCCCAGCCGGCCCCCAACGGGCCCGACAAGAUGCAGAUGGAAUCACCGCUCCUGCCGGGCUUGAGUUUCCACCAGCCCCCGCAGCAGCCGCCGCCGCCGCAGCAGGAGCCCGCUGCGCCGGGUGCGUCGCUGUCGCCGUCCUUCGGCAGCACCUGGUCCACGGGCACCACGAACGCGGUGGAGGACAGCUUCUUCCAGGGGAUCACCCCAGUCAACGGGACCAUGCUCUUCCAGAACUUCCCGCACCACGUCAACCCAGUCUUCGGAGGCACCUUCUCCCCGCAGAUCGGCCUGGCGCAGACCCAGCACCACCAGCAGCCACCGCCGCCCGCGCCGCAGCCAGCGCAGCCCGCGCAGCCCCCGCAGGCGCAGCCUCCGCAGCAGCGCCGGUCGCCCGCCAGCCCCAGCCAGGCGCCCUACGCGCAGAGGAGCGCCGCCGCGGCGUACGGCCACCAGCCCAUCAUGACCAGCAAGCCGUCCUCGUCCUCGGCUGCAGCAGCCGCCGCAGCCGCAGCCGCCGCCUCAUCUGCCUCGUCCAGCUGGAACACGCACCAGAGCGUGAACGCCGCCUGGAGCGCGCCGUCCAACCCGUGGGGCGGCCUGCAGGCAGGCCGGGACCCUCGCAGGGCGGUCGGCGUGGGCGUGGGCGUGGGCGUCGGGGUGCCUUCUCCGCUCAACCCCAUUUCGCCGCUCAAAAAGCCCUUCUCCAGCAAUGUGAUCGCGCCGCCCAAGUUCCCCCGUGCGGCCCCGCUGACCUCCAAGUCCUGGAUGGAGGAUAACGCUUUCCGGACGGAUAAUGGUAACAAUCUGUUGCCAUUUCAGGACCGGAGUAGGCCCUAUGACACUUUUAACUUGCACUCGUUGGAGAACUCCUUAAUGGAUAUGAUCAGGACUGAUCAUGAGCCUCUGAAAGGUAAACACUACCCUCCCAGUGGCCCACCAAUGAGUUUCGCUGAUAUAAUGUGGAGGAAUCAUUUUGCAGGGCGCAUGGGAAUAAAUUUCCAUCAUCCAGGAACAGAUAAUAUUAUGGCACUUAACACCAGGAGCUAUGGGCGGAGACGAGGUCGGUCUUCUCUCUUUCCCUUUGAAGAUGCCUUCCUGGACGACAGUCACGGCGACCAGUCCUUGUCAUCUGGCUUAAGUUCUCCCACUCGCUGUCAAAAUGGGGAACGAGUAGAACGCUACUCUAGAAAGGUGUUUGUUGGAGGCCUACCUCCUGAUAUCGAUGAAGAUGAGAUCACAGCCAGCUUUCGCAGGUUUGGACCUCUAGUCGUUGACUGGCCUCACAAAGCUGAAAGCAAGUCCUAUUUUCCUCCUAAAGGCUACGCCUUUCUGCUGUUCCAGGAGGAGAGCUCAGUACAAGCUUUGAUAGAUGCCUGCCUAGAAGAAGACGGGAAACUGUACUUGUGCGUGUCAAGCCCCACCAUCAAGGAUAAACCGGUGCAAAUUCGACCAUGGAACCUAAGUGACAGUGACUUUGUAAUGGAUGGUUCUCAGCCUUUGGACCCCAGAAAAACUAUCUUUGUUGGGGGAGUUCCACGACCCCUUCGAGCUGUUGAACUGGCCAUGAUCAUGGACCGUCUGUAUGGUGGUGUCUGCUACGCUGGCAUUGAUACAGACCCGGAGCUGAAGUACCCGAAAGGCGCCGGCCGCGUGGCGUUCUCCAAUCAGCAGAGCUACAUCGCAGCCAUCAGCGCUCGCUUUGUGCAGCUCCAACACAACGACAUUGACAAACGGGUGGAAGUGAAGCCAUAUGUGCUGGAUGAUCAGAUGUGUGAUGAGUGCCAGGGCACACGCUGUGGUGGGAAGUUUGCCCCGUUCUUCUGUGCCAACGUCACCUGUCUGCAGUAUUACUGCGAAUACUGCUGGGCGAGCAUCCACUCCCGCGCCGGGCGGGAGUUCCACAAACCGCUGGUGAAGGAGGGAGGCGACCGCCCUCGUCACGUCCCAUUCCGCUGGAGCUGAGCCGGGGGCAGACCCAGCCACAAGUACUGGAGUAGAUAACAGGAGGGAAAAGAGAGGACACUGCCUCAGGGCUUACAGUGUUCUGGAAAUCUGUGCAUUCGUUCUCGAUUUUUAAAGAAGAAAUGGGUCUUUUUAUUAUUAUUAUUAUUUACAGUCAUAUUACUGAACUCAAUGUCCAGUAUAAUGCAAAAUUGCAGAGUGUAUAAUGGUACUGAUUUGCACUUUGAUUCACACCUUUGUCGGCUUGGUACCUUAAUUUCUUACACCUGAUUUGUCACUCGUGACAGUACCUAGACUGCCAUUCUCAUCAGCGGCCAUCAGGUUGACGUCUGUGAUUUUUUUGUUUGUUGUUGUGUUGUUAUUCUGAUUGUUUUUGAACCGGAGCAUGCACUUAUUUUCAGAAACUUCGAGAGUUGCCCCUAGGAGAAGACGUACCAAAGGUGAUACUCGUGAGUAGGUGGCAGAUGUAGCAAACACUUCCCAACAAUUCAGCAACCAUUAGUUGGGGUCAUUUAGAGUAAGGAUUACCCUUAAUGAAAAUAAGCCUUUAGUUGCUCCCUAUUUUGACAUGUAAGGAUACCUCAUAAGCUGAAUCUUUAUUUUUACUUCAUGUUUGAUUUUUGUUUUGCUGAGGAUUUUGGUUAGAUCUUUUAGUGUUAUGUAAAUUUAUGCUGCAAUAGCUUUUGCUGCUAUUAAAAUGGUAUUAUUAAUACCAUAAUACUCUAUUCAGGCUAAGGUAUCAAUGAAAAAAAAAAAAAACCAACAACACACGUUUGUGAUUUAGGGAUAGAAUCAGCUGCCGAACGGAGAUCAGAAUAGACUUCAGAAAGCUUCAACGGAAGGUCACUAUUUCUGACUGCAUGUUUACUUAAUCAGGUUGCUGCAUGCAAUAAAUUUUAUAUCCAAUGUCUAGUAUAAAACCUUCCCACACUGCACAAAUUAAGAAUCUAUAUAAGCUAUAAAAUACUGAUUUUUUUUUAAAAAAAAAGAAUUUUUUUUUCAUUCAAAGAAUUGGUAAUUGACCGGAGGAAGGCAUGCCUCAAUAAAUGGAAUGCUUCUGAAAUUAGGAAGAGCCCAUAACAGAAUGACCUAUAUUACAACCAAUAUAAAACCUAGGUGUAGGAUAUUCUUAAAGCAAAUUUGUGGAUGGUAGAUGAAGUACUUUGCGGUGCUCUGUUAUAUAUUGUGCAAUUUAUUUUAUAUAGUAAAGUGAUUAUGUCUAACUGUGAUCAAACUUAACUGUUUAAAGCCUCUGUGUCAGACAUUAAUGAACUUGACAGUUCAUAACUGGUAUACUAUUAACUAACACAUGAGCUCUUAGUUACAAUCUCCUAGUGCUUGCACCAUUUUACAUAGCUUCAGACCUUGUCCAGAAAACCAAAGAGCUCAUCUUAGCUUACAAACACUAGGAAUAUAUACAGUAUAUAGAGAUAAGUUGUCAGAUUGACAAACUAGGCACAUUUUUUAAGAAAGUUGCGUGAUGGUGAUGCUAAAGAAAUGUCUGUACCAAAUCAGAUGGCCUGGGCAGGGUUGGUUGUCUGGGUGAGAAAUGAACUACUUAAUUCCCUGGAUUUAUCCUGUAAAGCUUGAAUAGAAUUCAGACCUGCUAGUACUACCAUGGACAUUUUCUUAGCAUUCACUCUUGGGCUGCAGAUAGUAAUAUAUAAACACACACAAUGAUUGUGAGACUAUGUAAAUCUUUUUUUUUUUAAUCUUCCUAUGUUUUGGAAUUCUGGGGACAAUCUGACUGGAUAUGACACUGCAGAAUAGAUUUAAAUCGCUGUGUUUUAUGUGCUGUGAUGUCCUUGUCCUGUCUUAAGUUAAUAUUGCUUGUUUUUGUUCUGAUUUGUUUUGUUUCUCCGUGUUUAGUUGCAAUUAUCAGCUCUCAAACUAUAGUUUGUUUUCAAAGAGGAAAAACAAAAUAGUUUUUUACUGGAUUAAAAAUGCUUAUUAGAAUUCUCCCCUUUUGAGGUUACCUCUGGGCUUUUUGGUAAUAAUUGCUUUUUUCCAGCCCAGCUGUGGUUUUCUGUUUGUUUGUUUUUUUCUAUGUUUGUGGUUUUUUUUCAUCUGUACAAGAAAUUUUGUUAUGCACUACUACUUUUUGUAUUCUAGACAGUUUUCAAAAGUUGGCUGAAGAUUUUUUGUUUGUUUGUUUUUAAGGAAAAAGGCAUGCUUUCUGACUGACAUGAUCUUUUGCAAUACCUCAAUUUUGAAAUAUAGGAGAGAAAAUGAUAUUUUCUAAGUAAGUUUAUUCAGAAAAAUAUAUAUUAAUUUAAUUCUGCAAGAAAAAUGAUUUAACAGAUGGGUAACUUUAUUUUUUUCAUGCUUAUUUGUGUUUUUUGAAAAUGAAGAAGUUAGAGCUUUAUAACUAUAAUAUUAAAGAUCAUAUCUAACCUACAGAAAUCUACCUAAUUAUGUGAAAGGAGCAAAACUUUUUGAAGAAGCACCCCUCUUUCAUGUACUAAAAUAACACUGAGAUUUAAGGAAAAAAAAAAAGCUGGAAGAUCGUACAGCAUUAAUGCUUAACGUGAAGGUGAAAUAACAUUGUCUAAGAACAGGUUACAAAAAAUAAACUCCAUUUGGUGCUGAACGUUGUGAAUAGAUGGUGGAAACUACUUUCCCUUAAUUUGUAUAUUUAUAAUCAAGCGUUGAUUGUGCACGACUGACCAGGAUUGUGAAAGAGUUCUUCUGUUUGUAUUUUUUUAAAGAGAACUUUUUUAGUUUAUUAAAUUAUAACAUGUUCCCUUUUGUUUUGUAAAUAAAUGUGCCCCCAAGUUGUUAAUGUUAUAUUAAAAGAGAGGGUCCUUCAAAAAAAAUUAUUUUUUAAAACACAGAGGUGUUCUGACCUGCAACUUGACUGGGAAGCCCCUGGGUAUCACAGGUCCUGUUGUGGCCUUUCCUUGACGUGACACUUGAACUAGUCGAUUUUUUGAAGGCUAUAACCUAACCUCGACUAUUUGUUGUUAUGUGCAAUACUGUUUGUACUGUUUGUAUAAAAAAUAGAAAAAAAAAAGAAAAGAAAAAAGGCAUAAAUCUUUAUUGCAGAUUUAUUUUCAUUGCAAACUUUAGACAUUGUGAUUCACUGAAAUCAUUUUUCUACUGUCAAAUAUGUACCUUUUCUUCAUGCUGGUAUUUUUUCAAUAGUAAUGUAGCCUUUGUACUGAGACAAAUUUUCAUUGUUAUUUUUAGAAAGAUUUUUUGCUAAGAAAAAAAUUAAACAUAUUUACAUAUUUUUCAUUUUAUUUCGUAUUUUCUUUAAGGAGUGCUUUCUCAAUCAUUAAUAGAGUUGUUUCUGGGAGGGACUUUCAUAUCUGGUCAAUGUCAUAAUAUUAUUUUGUAUUUUUACUUGGAAUAAAUUAAUUUUAUGAUGCUAAUUCUUUAAAAGUUUAUUUUUUUCAUUUUCAGUUAUUUUUGAAGCUAAAACCUUUGUAAUAUUGUUACUAAAGUGUCUAGUUUUUUGAAAUGCAAAGCUUUAUGUAUUAACUUGCUGAUGUGGUUUACAAUAGUGUGACAACAAUGAAAAUGGUUGGUUAUGUAAAGUGAUUGGAAAAUGUAAUGAACAAUUGGGUAAUAAAAUGACAGAAUGAGCAGAACAUGUGAGAUUUUGACAAGCCUUUUCCUUUAUUACAGUGGUUUAGUGUAAGAUUAGGGAUGUCACAGUACAGUUGUCUAGGGAUGUCACAGUGGAUUUAUACAACACCAGGUGCAGCCAAACCUGUGGCCUGAUCCUGAAGUCACCCCUAGUGAAAUACCACCAGGUGGAGCACCUGGCUAGGUCAACAGAAUGACUCAUUGCUUUUCCCCUCUAACUCUUCAUUAUGUCGUGUAUGUGUGUGUGUGUGUGUGUGUGUGUGUGUGUGUGUGUGUGUGUGUGUGUGUGUGUGUGUGAAUCUGCCACCAACUGCUGUCCUGUGAGGUCAACAGAAUGACUCAUUGCUUUUCCCCUCUAACUCUUCAUUAUGUCGUGUGUGUGUGUGUGUGUGUGUGUGUGAAUCUGCCACCAACUGCUGUCCUGUGAGAUGGUCUUCAUUAUGUCGUGUGUGUGUGUGUGUGUGUGUGUGUGUGUGUGUGAAUCUGCCACCAACUGCUGUCCUGUGAGAUGGUACCUUUCGCCCAGGCCAGAUCUUUUCCAUGCACUCCCAGCGGUGACGUCUGAGAGUGAAGGGAAGUUGCUGAGAGGACACCACCUCUGUGUCAUUAGACUGACUGCAUUGUCUCCCCUGAGUUAGCUCCCUGUACUUGGGUGUCCACCGAGGAAGCACUCUCAGACAUCACCACUGUGUAUGGACAGUCUCAGACUUCGUCUUCCUCCACCCCAUCCCAUCCCCACCUGCUCCCUGUUAUGGUGCCCCUUGUUUGUCCCUUAUUGUCCCUUAUUGUGGCAAUGCAUCUGGCAACACCCCAGCAUGAUCUCUCUGCCCUCCUGCCUUUCCAACACCCACCUCACUCUCCUGGAAGCUGUGCUGUUAAGGCAGCGUGUCAUUGUGAUGGCACCUAAAAUUAAAACGAAAAAACCCACAUAACUGCAAAACUGGUGUUGCGUAAACAGAACAUCCAAUGACUUGCUCUAGAUGGAUGAUGCGUUUCUACCAGUCCUUGAUGGCCUCUUCCAGUUUUGUUGCCACGGAGGCGAGGUUGUCAAUAACUCAGAGAAACGCGCGUCCAGAGGUAUGCUCUAUGUAUUCAGUUUUGUAAAUAAUAUAUAGAUUAGGUCAAGUUAUGAUGUAAAAUUUUAACUCAAAUUGGGUAUUACUGGUUGGAAUUUUACAUUAACUACAAAUAAGUGAUUAGGAACAGAAGAAAAGAAAUUGGAAAAUUCUUGCUUAGUGGUAUAAAGAUUAUGCUUAGAUUUCUGCUUAUAUCUUGUGUUUUAUAGCUUGUUAGUGAGGCAUGGGCUAAUGCAGAAUGUAUCGCAUUUAUGCAAUUAGCAAAUAACUGCUAGUUUUAAUUUUAUCUAUUCUAUUAGCAACAAAAUGGUAUUUAACUGGGUAAAGCUCCUAUCUAAAUAUUUGAGUAUUGUGACAUCUCUACUUGCAAGGUUUGAGUGAAAGAUUAGUCACAGAAUAGUGGGGGGAAAAAGUAUCUUUUUUGUUAAAACUGACUUAUUUGUAUGGAUUGUUGCUUUUUCACCAGUUUGUAUGGUAUGUCAGCUAACAUUCUGUUAUUUUUUUAAUAAUAACCAAACUUCUCUAUCUCAGCUGCAAUAGUGUUCCAUUUUACCACAGAGUAUUUUAUAAUUAAUGCUGUUGACUUUAUACCCCAAAAUGGGUCAAGAAGUGGAUAUGUGAUGUGGGGAUGUUUAAAUUUGUAUGACGAUGAAGUUAAUCGCAACAAGUAGAAAACUCGGGUGCUAAUACAGGAUAACUUCUGCUCUUUUUUCUCUUCUGGAUAUAGCUCUGUUGGGGUAUAAAGUAUUAGGUAUUUGUAUUUUUGCUGUCAAAAUAAUGGACAUAACUUUUAGAGUGUUCACAGCUAAGAUCUCUGUAUUUGUUUUUCAACUAACAACUAAUUUUAAAUGUAUUGUAUCUUUUAUUACCUGUUCUCUUAGAUUGUUUUUGCUAGUAACCUUUACUCAGCUUCUGCCUUUGGGGCUUGGACUAAUAUUGCUUGUAUGGAACUGCAGUACUGUGACUAAACAUGGAGCUCAAUGCAGCUAUUGCUUACAACUGCUUAAACUUUGUAGUUUGGACUUCAUUUUUUUUCUGUAAUAACAACUUAUUAAAUCUAGUUGUAUGAAGUA